UUUACAGCGGUCUAUAUAAAACCAUGUUCAAGAAAUGACCCAAACCUCAACGAAUGCGCACUAAAGUCAGCCAAAGAAUCUCUCCAUCAAUUUUCCUUAGGAGACACAAGCAGGGGUCUCCCUGCUUUAGAUCCUUUAUACGUUGAAGUGAUGACGGUGUUUGUACCAAAUGAAAAUGGUCUGAAGUUGGUUUAUAAGGACAAUAUUUUUUCUGGACUUUCUGCUUUGGAAAUGAAGAAUUUAAAAUUUGACCUAAGCAAGAAAUUAAUAUCGGCCGAUGCUCUCGUUAACUUGAACGUGAAAAGCAAAUACGACUUGAGUGGAAAAAUUUUGCUUCUUCCUGUGAAAUCGAGCGGAGAUGCAAGCAUUAUAUUGAAAAACACUGAACUCCAUAUUCGAUUUUGGUAUGAACAUAUAAAUGGUCCCGAUGGGAAAGUGCACUGGAACAUCACCAAACAUGACAUCAAGUACGAUGUAGAGAGAGCCACCUUCAGACUUGAAAAUUUACUUAACGACAAAACUAUUGGUGACCAAGUAAACAAAAUUCUAAACGACUUCUGGCGCGAGAUCGUAGCAGACGUCGGUCCUUCUAUCUGCAAGUCCCUUAGUACCGCUGUCGUUAAGAACUUAGCUGUGCUUCUGGAGCAGGUAUCUUAUGAUGAACUUAUGCCCGAAUAA